UGAGAAGGGAAACACGGACUUUACUUUCAGCUGUGCAUAUAACUGCAGACUGUGUGUCAGUUAGACUGCAUUCACUGUUCUUGUUAAAUAAGUGAUGAGGUGAAAAAGUUGACAGAAUCUACAUGAGGACGAAGACGGAGCUGGAAAAAAAAUGCAGCAGGUCUUUGCAAAUGGAGCAGACGAGCUCUCUCGGGAGUCAGUUUCCUCGCUUCAGGUUCACCAUUUUCAGCCAAACUUCACUGCUCAGAGCAGCAGCAGUGUGGUUGCUCCUUCCAUCAUUGGUUCCACCAUUAAUGGCAACAUCAACAUAAAUCUCAUAUCAAGCAGCCAAGGGUCAAAUAAUCAAUCAAAAGAAGUAUUGAAUCAAGACCAUACAGUCAACUGUGGUACUCUGCAACCUCAAAAUGAUGAGACGGCAGAAUGUCAACAGAAACUGAAAGCUGCUCUGAAGAUGAAGUUCAGUCAUUGGCACGAAGAGAUGUUGAAGGAUGCAAAUAAAACAUCUCUUAAUAAAAUCUACACAGAGCUCUACAUCACUGAAGAAGGAUGUGGAGAAGUCAGUAAAGAGCAUGAAGUGAGACAGAUUGAGAUGACAUCUAAAAUCCAUUUGAAACAGGAGAAACCCAUCCACUGCAAUGACCUCUUUGCUCCACAACCUGGACGAGACUACCGCAUCAGAACUGUGCUCACAAGAGGAAUCGCUGGAAUUGGAAAAACUGUAUCAGUCAAUAAAUUCGCUCUAGACUGGGCAGAGGAGAAGGCAAACACAGACCUAGAGUUUGUAUUUCCUCUUUCUUUUCGAGAGCUGAAUUUGAUGAGGGAGAAAACCUUCAGCCUAGAGGAGCUUCUCUGUGUCUUUUUCCCUGAAAUAAAAGGCAAAGAAAUCUUUACUAAUGGCGGAAAGAAAAUGCUUUUCAUUCUGGAUGGUCUAGAUGAGAGUCGCCUCUCUUUGAACUUCCAGGAAACUGAAAUAAUGUCAGAUGUGACGCAGCAAACCAUGAUUGUUGUAAUUCUUACCAACCUCAUCAGGGGAAAUUUGCUUCCUUUGGCUCUUGUUUGGAUCACAUCUCGCCCCGUAGCCUCCAGUCAGAUCCCAGCAGAGCACAUUUUCCUGGUUACUGAGGUACGAGGGUUUAGCAACCCUCAAAAAGAAGAAUACUUCAUGAAGAACAUUGCUGACGAGAGCUUAGCAAAGCGGGUAAUCGCACAUGUGAAAUCUUGCCGGACUCUCCACAUCAUGUGCCACAUACCAGUCUUCUGCUGGAUGGCAGCAAGUGUUCUUAAGAAGAAGCUGGCAUUAAAAGACAGUAAAGACACACCAAAGACUCUCACACAAAUGUACAUCCAGUUCUUGUGCUUGAAUGUGGAAAACAUGAAAAACAGGCUGCCAGAAAGAAGGGAGUCAAAUGCUAAAUGUGUGAGAGAUAAUCUCCUGGCGCUUGGCAAACUGGCUUUCAAGGAACUUGGGAAGGGCCACUUUAACUUCUAUGAGAGAGACCUCAUCUUGAAUGGUAUCGAUGUAACGCAGGCAUCCAUGUUCUCUGGAGUCUACACCCAGAUAUUCAAUCAGGAGAUGACCCUGUGUGAGGAGAAGAUGUUCUGCUUUGUGCAUCUGACCAUUCAUGAGUUCUUUGCUGCGCUGUAUGUCUUCCUUACUUUCAACAACGAAAACAUCAAUGUCCUGGUAAAAAAGUCAUCCGCUUCACGACGCUUCCUGUCCAGAGAAUCAUCAGAGCUCAUCCUCUACAAAGCAGCAGUGGAAAAGGCUAUGGGAAGUGAAAAUGGGCAAUUUGACAUCUUUCUGCGCUUCCUUUUGGGCCUGUCUCUGGAGUCCAAUCAGAAGUUGCUGAAAAACCUCAUGACUGGCAACAGAACACACCAAAGGACAAGAGAUGAAAUUAUCAAAUAUAUUAAGGAGAAAAUCAGAGCCAGCCAUUCACCAGACAGGUGCCUCAACCUCUUUCACUGUCUGAACGAGCUAAACGAUCACUCUCUUGUAGAGGAGAUUCAGAGCUUCAUCAGCUCAGGCAGCCUAAGUAAAGCCAGCCUUUCAAUGGGCCAAUGGGCCACUCUGGUCUUUGUGUUACUGACCUCAGAAGAGGAGCUGACAGUGUUUGAACUGAGCAAAUACACCAGGUCAGAGGAGGGUCUUCUCAGGCUGCUGCCUGUUGUGAAAACAACUCGUAUAGCAAAGUUAAAUGCAUGUAACCUCACCGUGGCCUGCUGUGAAAUGCUGUCAAAUGGCAUCAGCUCAUCCCAUCUUAGAGAGCUGGACCUAAGCAACAACAACCUGACAGAUACAGGACUGAUUAAGCUCUCUGGUGGACUCAAGAACAAAACACUGAGAACAAUUAGACUGAAGAGCUGCAGCCUAACGGAGCACAGCUCUGACAGCCUGGCAUCAAUCAUAAGCAUUGCUUCUGGCAAACUGAGAGUCCUGGAUCUCACUGACAAUGACCUUCAAGAUGUCGGAGUCAGAAGGUUAUCUUCUGGUCUCGUGAGUCCUUACUGCAAAUUGGAGAUACUCAUCUUGUCUGGGUGCAGAGUGACAGAAGAGGGCAGCAUCUUUUUAGCUUCUGCUCUGAACACUGCCAGCCUGAGAGAGCUUGACCUGAGCUACAACCAUCCAGGAAACUCAGGAAUUAUGCUUCUGUCGGCCCUGCUGGAGGACCCACACUGCAGUCUGGAAAAACUGAGUGUGGAUCACUGUGAUAAUUCCAGGAUCCAGCCCAGUCCAAAGAAAUACACCACCAAGCUGACCCUGGACCCAAACACAGCACACAGAGAUAUUUCUCUGUCUGAAGGAGACAUGAAAGCAACACGAUGGACAAAGCAGUCAUAUCCUGAUCAUCCAGAAAGGUUUGACUACUGGAGACAGGUGUUGUGUGAGCAGGGACUGAUAGGGCGCUACUACUGGGAGGUAGAGUGGAGUGGAAUAGUAUGUAUAGGAGUGGCCUACAGAGGGAUGUGCAGGAAGGGGAAAGGUCAUGACUGCUGGUUAGGCAGGAAUGACUCCUCCUGGGUUCUGAGCUGCGCCAGAGAUAGCUACAGGAUUUUGCACGAUAGUGUGAGUGCCGCAGUAAAUGCUACACCCAGCUCCAACACAGUAGGGGUUUACCUGGAUUGUCCAGCAGGGAUACUAUCCUUCUAUGGUGUUUCCUCUGGCACACUCACCCUCCUCUACACUAUCCACACAACCUUUACGGAGCCUGUAUAUCCUGGGUUUCACUUUGAUUGGGUGGAUUCCACAGUGCAAUUGUGCAAAUGCAUUGUGCAAGAGUUCAUUUCUCCGACACAGGCUGUGGUUCACCAGCCAAACUUAACUGCUCAGAGUAGCAGUAAUUUGGUCGCCCUUCCUAUUAAUGGUUCCACCAUCGGAAACAUCAACAUCAGGAUCAUAUCAAGCAGUCAAGGGUCAAAUGAUCAAUCAAAACACAUCUCAAAUCAAGAUAAUACAGGCAACUGUGGUACUCUGCAGCCCCAAAAUGAUGAGACGACAGAAUGUCAACAGAAACUGAAAGCUGCUCUGAAGAUGAAGUUCAGUCAUUGGCAUGAAGAGACAUUGAAGGAUGUAAAUAAAACAUCUCUUAAUAAAAUCUACACAGAGCUCUACAUCACUGAAGGAGGAUGUGGAGAAGUCAGUAAAGAGCAUGAAGUGAGACAGAUUGAGAUGGCAUUUGAAAUCCAUUUGAAACAGGAGAAACCCAUCCACUGCAAUGACCUCUUUACUCCACAACCUGGACGAGACUACCGCAUCAGAACUGUGCUCACAAGAGGAAUCGCUGGAAUUGGAAAAACUGUAUCAGUCAAUAAAUUUGCUCUAGACUGGGCAGAGGAGAAGGCAAACACAGACCUAGAGUUUGUAUUUCCUCUUUCUUUUCGAGAGCUGAAUUUGAUGAGGGAGAAAACCUUGAGCCUAGAGGAGCAUCUCUGUGUCUUUUUCCCUGAAAUAAAAGGCAAAGAAAUCUUUACUAAUGGCGGAAAGAAAAUGCUUUUCAUUCUGGAUGGUCUAGAUGAGAGUCGCCUCUCUUUGAGCUUCCAGGAAACUGAAAUAAUGUCAGAUGUGACACAGAAAACCAAGAUUGCUGUAAUUCUUACCAACCUCAUCAGGGAAAAUUUGCUUCCUUUGGCUCUUGUUUGGAUCACGUCUCGCCCCAUAGCUUCCAGUCAGAUCCCAUUUAAACACAUUGACCUGAUUACUGAGGUACGAGGGUUCAACAACCUUCAAAAAGAAGAAUACUUCAUGAAGAACAUUGCUGACGAGAGCUUAGCAAAGCGGGUAAUCGCACAUGUGAAAUCUUGCCGGACUCUCCACAUCAUGUGCCACAUACCAGUCUUCUGCUGGAUGGCAGCGAGUGUUCUUAAGAAGAAGCUGGCAUUGAAAGACAGUAAGGACACACCAAAGACUCUCACACAAAUGUACAUCCAGUUCUUGUCCUUAUGUGUGGAAAAAAUGAAGAACAGGCUGCCAGAAAGCAGGGAUUCAAAUGCUAAAUGUGUGAGAGAUAAUCUCCUGGUGCUUGGCAAACUGGCUUUCAAGGAGCUCAAGAACUGUCACUUGAUUUUCUAUGAGAGAGACCUCACCUCUAAUGGUAUCAAUGUCACGCAGGACUUCACAUUCUCUGGAGUCUAUACUGAGGUCUUCAAUCAGGAGAUGACCCUGUGUGAGGAGAAGAUGUUCUGCUUUGUGCAUCUGACCAUUCAUGAGUUCUUUGCUGCUUUGUACGUCUUCCUUACUUUCAACAACAAUAACAGCAAUGUCCUGGUGAAAAAGUGGCACCCAUACUUCCUGUUUAGAAAAUCAUCAGACCUCAUCCUCUACAAAGCAGCAGUGGAAAAGGCUAUGGGAAGUGAAAAUGGGCAUUUUGACAUCUUUCUGCGCUUCCUUUUGGGCAUGUCUCUGGAGUCCAAUCAGACGCUGCUGAAAAGCCUUAUGACUAGCAACAGAACACACCAAAGGACAAGAGAUAAAAUCAUUAAAAACAUAAAGAAGAAGAUCAGAUCCAGCAAGUCCGUAGACAGGUGCCUAAAUCUCUUUCACUGUCUGAAUGAGCUAAACGAUGACUCUCUUGUAGAGGAGAUUCAGAGCUUCUUAAGCUCAGGCAGCCUAAGUAAAACCAGCCUUUCACCAGGCCAAUGGGCCACUCUGGUCUUUGUGUUACUGACCUCAGAAGAGGAGCUGACAGUGUUUGAACUGAGCAAAUACACCAGGUCAGAGGAGGGUCUUCUCAGGCUGCUGCCUGUUGUGAAAACAACUCGUAUAGCAAAGUUAAAUGCAUGUAACCUCACCAUGGACUGCUGUGAAAUGCUGUCAAAUGGCAUCAGCUCAUCCCAUCUUAGAGAGCUGGACCUAAGCAACAACAACCUGACAGAUACAGGACUGAUUAAGCUCUCUGGUGGACUCAAGAACAAAACACUGAGAACAAUUAGACUGAAGAGCUGCAGCCUAACGGAGCACAGCUCUGACAGCCUGGCAUCAAUCAUAAGCAUUGCUUCUGGCAAACUGAGAGUCCUGGAUCUCACUGACAAUGACCUUCAAGAUGUCGGAGUCAGAAGGUUAUCUUCUGGUCUCGUGAGUCCUUACUGCAAAUUGGAGAUACUCAUCUUGUCUGGGUGCAGAGUGACAGAAGAGGGCAGCAUCUUUUUAGCUUCUGCUCUGAACACUGCCAGCCUGAGAGAGCUUGACCUGAGCUACAACCAUCCAGGAAACUCAGGAAUUAUGCUUCUGUCGGCCCUGCUGGAGGACCCACACUGCAGUCUGGAAAAACUGAGUGUGGAUCACUGUGAUAAUUCCAGGAUCCAGCCCAGUCCAAAGAAAUACACCACCAAGCUGACCCUGGACCCAAACACAGCACACAGAGAUAUUUCUCUGUCUGAAGGAGACAUGAAAGCAACACGAUGGACAAAGCAGUCAUAUCCUGAUCAUCCAGAAAGGUUUAACUACUGGAGACAGGUGUUGUGUGAGCAGGGACUGAUAGGGCGCUACUACUGGGAGGUAGAGUGGAGUGGAAUAGUAUGUAUAGGAGUGGCCUACAGAGGGAUGUGCAGGAAGGGGAAAGGUCAUGACUGCUGGUUAGGCAGGAAUGACUCCUCCUGGGUUCUGAGCUGCGCCAGAGAUAGCUACAGGAUUUUGCACGAUAGUGUGAGUGCCGCAGUAAAUGCUACACCCAGCUCCAACACAGUAGGGGUUUACCUGGAUUGUCCAGCAGGGAUACUAUCCUUCUAUGGUGUUUCCUCUGGCACACUCACCCUCCUCUACACUAUCCACACAACCUUUACGGAGCCUGUAUAUCCUGGGUUUCACUUUGAUUGGGUGGAUUCCACAGUGCAAUUGUGCAAAUGCAUGUUUUCUUAAUUCCCAUGUCUGCAGAGAUUGGGUUUUUUUAUUUUAAUCUAUCACAUUUCUGACCCUGACAUGUGAGGCAAGUCUGCAGCAAGUAAUUUUUUUUUAGUACUGACAAAACAUCUCAGAGGAGAAGAAAAUAGAAAGCAUAUCUUAAAAGUAUUACAUUUAUUCUUAAUUUUAUUCAAAAUGAACCAAUGGAUUAUUUCACCUCUUUCUCAUUUUUAAUUCUAUGAGCAAAAGACACUGAAACUAACCCUCAAUGCAGAAAGGAUCCUCACCCAGAAUAUUUGGUGCCUAUGGGGGAAACAAUAGGGGUUCUGAAAUUUGCAUUUUCAUGAAGUUUAGAGUAAUAAUAAUUCAUUUGAGAGACAGAAAUGUUCUCCUACCAUACCCCUGUUUCUGACAGUGUGCAAGGUAAUGCAAAAAAAUUUGAUUUUUAGAAAAAAGUGUGAGAUUUUUACUCUUUGCGUUACGUCGCAAUACUUUUGCGUUUCAUCGCAUAAAAAAGGAAUAAUCUAACAGACACUGUUACGAGAUGGCUACGAGACUACACACAGCCCUUUAAACCUGUUUUAUUCAGUUUCUUAAGGUGUUUCUGUGGUCUACAUCUGCCCCUCAUCAGGUCAAUAUAACACGCACAUACACCUGACGUUAUGUCCAUGUUAACAGUGGAAAUGUGGUGUCGUAAUGAAGUGCUUCAAUGCAGGUUAUUGCCAUUAUGUUUUUAUUAAAAUAAUCAUAUUACUUUUACAUUUUAUUUUUCUAUUUUCCAUUUAAUAAAUGUGAAUAAUCUAAUUUUAAUGUCAUGGUAAUGCUGUUACUGUUGGUGAUUUUACUGGUUUAACGUAUUAAUUAUAAGUGCAGACAUAGAGGUUUGCUGCAAUCAGAAACAGUAUCAAGCAUGUUGCUGCUUUACUGUUUUGGCUGAUUGUGUAAAGUGUGACUGAUUUGAUUUAUCUGUGAUUUAUUCAAUAAAAUCCCAUUUC